AUGGCGACCAAACACCCAGGCCAAGUUGCAGCCGCCGCUGCCGCCGCCCUCGUCGCCGCCGUCGGCAUCAACUCCUACUUCGGCAUCAGCAGAGACGUCAGCCACCUGCAGUUUCAGAAGCAGUAUGGAAAGCUGCUGGAAACCCAUCUCGCCCGUCUGGGACCACAGUCGGUGUCGCUGUACAAGCUACUCACCCUUGCCGAUCCGCGCGCCGACGCCAUUUAUUUCGAGGGCCGCAGCUGGACCUACGCCGCCAUGCUGCGAGAAGUCAGUGCCCUGGCCUUGGGGUUCCGGAGUCUAGGAGUGCAGAACGGUGACGUCGUCGGUGUCUUCAUGACCAACUCCCCAGAGAUGGUCUUUACCGUCUACGCACUGACGAAGUUGGGCGCGGUGCCGGCGAUGAUGAACAGCAACCUGCGAGACGACACGCUGCUGCAUUGCGUGCAGGUGGGCGGCAGCAGUCUCGUUGUCAGCACGCCAGACAUAGCCGGCCACGCAGCGCAAGCAGCGAAGAAGGUCGGCGACCAAGUCAGAGUGACAACUCUCAACCUAGGCAGCUUCCCCACUGGCCUCGCGCAGAGCGGCGCCGAGGUAUUCCCCUACCCAACCGGCGACGUCGUCGACGACAUCAUCCACCCUCCCAAAACAUUCACCGACCCGGCCGUCUUCAUCUUCACCUCCGGCACAACCGGCAAGCCCAAAGCCGUCUCGAUCAAGAACCAAAUGAUUUGGUUCACCUCGUGCCCCUCCCCCGCCGACUGUCCCAGCUCAUACGGCCAAUCCUCCACCGCAGCGUUUCCACCGCGCAUCUUCUCCUGCAUGCCCAUCUUCCACGGCACCACCUUCUUCACGGGCCUCUGCUACGGCGUCGGCACCUCCGGCACCUUCUGCAUCAGCCGGCGCUUCUCGGCGCGCAACUACUGGCGCGAAGUCCACGACAGCCGCGCCACCCGCAUCCUCUACGUCGGCGAGCUCUGCCGCUUCCUCCUCGCCACGCCCCCCAGCCCUUACGACAGGAAGCACAACGCCCGCCUCGCCCUCGGCAACGGCCUGCAAAAGGACGUCUGGCUGCCCUUCCAAACCCGCUUCGCCAUCGACGAGAUCCGCGAGUUCUACCGCAGCACCGAGGGCCUGGUGAAAUACGACAACAUCCACUUCCGCCGGCAGGGGGAGCGCGGCGCCGGCCGCGUCGGCUACCGCGGCACCCUGCUCCGCCGUCUCGAAAAGGACCAGCACAUUGUCAGAUUCGACUACGACAGCGAGCAGCCCGUGCGCGACCCCAGCACGGGGUUCUGCGUCGUGGCGCAGCGCGACGAGCCGGGCGAGGCGAUUGCGAAAGUUACCAGUAUGGAGACAUACAGCGACUACCACAACAACGCGGAGGCGACGGAGAAGAAGUUCCUGCGCGACGUGUUUGUCAGGGGGGACGUGUGGCAGCGCUCCGGCGACUUGUUGGUCGUGCAGCGCGACGGCUGGGUCAGGUUCGUGGACCGCAUCGGCGACACGUUUCGCUGGAAGGGCGAGAAUGUGAGCGCAGGCGAGAUUAGGGGGUUCAUCGCGGAUUUGGACGAGGUGCAGGACGCCGUCGUCGUGGGGAAGUCACUGAAGGGGUAUGAUGGCCAGGCGGGCGUGGCGGCGUUGAGUCUGCGGUGUGGGUCGCUGAAGGAGGAGCGGGCGUUUAUGGAGGGGUUGUAUGCCAGGUUGAAGAGUAAGGGGGUGCCGUCGUAUGCGUUCCCUAGGCUGGUGGCGAUUACGGAUGAGGUGAAAGUGGGGGAUACGUUCAAGCAUGCGAAGCAGGUGGUCAAGGCGGUUGAGUGGGGGGAUGUGAGGGAUGGUAAGAAGUAUGUGCUCGAUGCGGCGAGGCAGCGCUAUGUGCCGCUGGAUGCGGGGACUUGGGGGGAGGUGUUGGCCGGGAGGGCGAAGUUGUGA